UAAAUGUCGUCUUUUGACCCGUAUCCAUUAACGCGUCUCUGCAUAUCCAUUUCCACCGCCGAGAUCAUCCGGGAGCGUCGCAGACAGUCGUGAACUCCGCCUGGUCCCUCGGUUCCCUCGUCUAAUGCUGUAAGUCUUUUGUUUAGGACAUGGGGAUCAUUUCACAACGCUGCAAGUUUCCAAUCGAUUUCUGCUGCCGUCGCGCUCAGAGCAGCAGUGCUCAAUUACUGAGAAGACUUUCUCGGCAUGGCCCUUCGCCCACGCGUUUGCAAAGCAAGGGUACACUAUUCUGCGCUGCCCGUCGAUAUGCUCGAGCUGGACCAUCGCCUCGCUCCUGACACUCCUGCAUCCCUCUCGACCAAUCAGAGGCGCGGCAUCGUCCCGCCCCUCCCGGUUCCUUGAGAACACGUGAUCCGAAGCGGUCUGGAAACCUGCCGCUCGCCUUCAGUGCGUUAUUGUGGUUCACAGGUACAGAGGAAUGGCCCUCCGCGAGACUCUGACAAACUCACGGCUCUCCGCGAGCGCACGGAGUGAGGACGGAGGACAGUCUCUCUAAGCCGCGCCUCAGUGGAUGUUGUAACUUCGGCAUGUCACUCGAAUGGGAUAUAUGAUUUUUGUGCCCCACUUCUGCUUCUUAAAAACACCCCUCGCGUCUUUUUAUUUUCGCCCUGCUUUCUGAACAUCUCGCUUACCCACUUCCCUCCAUCUCCUCCCCUGUCAUCGCACCCAGACCUCUCUCUCUCUCAUACCGCAUCUGCACCCUCUCGCUUCGGGCGGAUCCUCGCUCUGGUCAUCCAGAAACAACUGCUUCAUGGGGCACACUCCUUCCGUCGGAAAAUGUCCCUCUCUUGGCUUCUAAGCGCACCGGCAAAGUUGACAACAUUAGGACCAGGGCUGUCGUUGCGCGUCUGUGAGCAGUGUCGGGGGAACUGAAAUGGGUGUCACGGUGGCGGCGGCCCUGCACGAGCCCCGAAGUCCGCACCAGUGGAGCCGGAUAGUGGGACACUGGGUAUGGAUUGCAGUCUUGUCCUUUCUCGCCACUUUCCCGGUGCAACAACUUGGCGCUUUCCCGUCCUCCCUCAGCGACUGUCAGACUCCGACUGGAUGGAAUUGCUCGGGGGAUGAUGACCGGGACACAGAUCUCUUCCUUUGUGACACCAACACUUGCAAGUUUGACGGCGAGUGUCUCAGAAUUGGGGACAUAAUAACAUGUAUAUGCAACUUUAAGUGCAACAAUGAUUAUGUUCCUGUGUGCGGCUCCAACAAUGAAAACUACGAAAACGAGUGUUUUCUGCGGAGAGAUGCCUGCAAACAGCAGACCGAGAUCCUGGUGGUCUCUGAGGGAUCCUGCCCAGCCGAUGCUGGUUCGGGAUCAGGAGAUGAAGCAGGGAACGAGGGUUCGGCGGAGAAUGGACAGAAGGAGACGUCCACCUGUGACAUUUGCCAGUUUGGGGCUGAGUGUGAUGUCGAUGCUGAAGAUGUCUGGUGCGUUUGUAACAUCGACUGCUCCCACAUCAGUUUCAACCCCGUGUGCGCAUCAGACGGCCGUUCGUACGACAACCCCUGCCAGGUAAAAGAGGCGUCGUGUCAGCGGCAGGAACGAAUCGAGGUCAAGUUCCUGGGUCACUGUCAGGGCGACAUGAUUACAGGCACCAAAGCAGGAGAUGGACAAUAUGCCAGGACAGAUUACACAGAGGAGAAGCCUGAGGUCUCAGAGGUGGCGAGAGGGCUCUACAUCCCCUGCCCUGAGCACUAUAAGAACUAUUGUGUUCACGGAGACUGUGAAUAUCCCAACAUGCUCUCAACACCGUCCUGCAGCUGUCACUCAGGAUUCAGCGGUCCACAGUGUGACACUAAGGAGUAUAACGUGCUGUACGUGGUGCCUGGCUCUGGAAAGCUCCGCUACGUCCUCAUCGCGUCUGUCAUUGGGGCUCUGCAGGUGGCCAUCAUAUGUGUAGUGGUGCUGUGUAUCACCCGAUGAAUACAAUCAGAGUUGGCUAAACAUUAGCUGCGUCCCAAUUCAAAGACUGCAGCUUUCGGAGAAUGGAUCCUUCGGAGGAUGCGGCCGACUUGGCCUACGAAGGACACUCCCAGUCUAGCCUUCGCAGGAUUUCCUAAUUGCGGCUUCUUCUGGUGUAUCCUUCAUUUGCCGGCAAAACGGAGGGUGCAUUUCAAGUCGCGUUCGGUAGCGCUUUUUGUCACGCCGCGGUGACGUAAUCGGCCUUUAAAUGCAGCCUUCGGAGGAUGCAUCGUGAAUUGGGACGGUCUUCAUUGCGCCACUGUGACGCAAUCGACCUUCAAAUGCAGCCUUUGUAGGACCCGGCCUCUAAAUUGAGACGGCCUUCGUCGCGUCGCCGUGACACAAUCGGCCUUCAAAUACGCACUUCGAAGGAUGUAGCCUACGAAUUGGGACGCAGCUAGAAAAUAAUGUCUUGGCUCUUCCAAGCUUUAUAGUGAAUUGCUGUUGAGAUUUUGAAGCCCAAAAAAACUGUAUCCAUCAAUGCUUUGUGUAAGAAAAAUAUCCAUAUUUAAAACUUUAUAAACCAUAAUCCUCAGUGGAGGAUGUAGGCCUAUCGUAAGCUCCGAAUAAGCUUGUUUCAAGCUUUUUUAGAAGUUUUGUUUACAGCAAAGAAAAACCGCGUGGCUUAUAUCAAAAUCCUCUGACAUUUUUCUUUACAAAUCCUCAUUUUGUACUUCUAAUUUGUGACCAGUGUUUUUUUUUUGUUGUUGUUGUUGCUCUCUCACCUCUGUGCUUCCGCAUUCCUCACCAUGUUCGCCUACGUCCAACAUUAUCCGCUGGAACGCCACUCUCACGUGAACGCGCGUACAAUAGUUAGUGGAAGCUACAGAUUACAGUUUAUAAAGUUUUAGCCAUGUGGAAUACUUUUUAUGAUGGAUGGAUGCAGUUUUUUUGGCUUCAAAAUCUCAGCACCCAUUCACUGCCAUUAUAAAGCUUGGAAGAGCCAGGACAUUUUUUAAUGUAACUUCAAUUGCAUUCUUCUGAAAGAAGGGUCGAAAAAUCAUGGGGUAAUUUUCAUUUUUGGGCGAACUAUGCCUUUAAAAACCAAAUCAACAUAUUAGAAUGAUUACUGAAGAAUUAAGUAAGUACCAGAAUUAAUUACAUUUUUUUUAAAAUACAUUCAAAUAGAAAACAGGUAUUUUAAAUUGUAAUAUUUCACAAUAUUACUGCGUUUAUGAUUAAAGAAAUAAAAGACUUCUUUCAAAAACAGCAGUUCCAAAAAGCCUGACAUUUUUGCACUAAACAAAAUUGCACAAAUAAGGAUUAUUUCUUCAAAUAAUAAUAAAAAAUAUAGCUGCAAGCAGUGAUUACUAGGGUUCAAGAGCGUUUUAGCAUAUUAGGAAAAAGACAUUGCAUAUUAUUUAGCAAGGGUGUACCCACCUAAAUCAAUGGUUAAAAAGCAUUUUUGGCAAAUCCAGGUAAUUUACCAUAGAAAUAUGGUGUUUUUUAAUGUUUGUGACUGUUAUAGUGCCAGCUUUGACUGGAUCCCCUUAAAACUUUGCAUGCUUGUUUAGAAUCACCUGUCGCAUGUGUUUACCAGUUUUCAUGAAGCUUUGAGUUUUCCUUUAGGCAAACGAUUUGAUUGACGGUGGUGGUUCUAGAGGCAAAGUUGUCUGAAAUGAGGAGUUCUAUCGUAUGAUAGGAAUAUCGUGCAUAUGUGUGAAAAACCAUGCAACGUACCAUCAUUUACAGUCUUUAAAAAUGCGAUAGGUCCUAUCCAAACUCAUGCCAUUGUUUGAGCAAAUGUUGUGUCAUACCCACUCGGACAGCUCAAACAGCUCAGCUUGCAAUUCCAUUUGGUGUCGCUAGUGGCACAGAAAUUACCCACUCAAACAUAUUACAGUCAAAAUAAUGAAUAGUACUUUUGACAAAUAUGUUAUGAAUAGAAUCAUAAUAACAUUACUUAAAGACUCCAGUCAAAAAGUAUUUGUCAGUAUAAAUUUGUAUGGACCAGAGAAAUAUAUACAGUAGGAUUCAUUGUUAAUUUAGCUUCGUUGUCAGUAUUCAUUUAUCCAUUCUCUUCUCCAGUAAAAGAAACAGCCCCUUCAGGGCAAAGAGUCUGUGAGCUGUUGCUUAAAGUCAUAUCGGUGGAAAACAGUGAUGAAUACUAAUGCAGAAGAAAAACAUCUGAUCUCCGAACUCUAAAUAAGAAGCUAUUUUUGUAGCAAAGGCUUUUUUAAGCUCUAAAAAUAAAAAAAAGUUUUUUCCUUCCAGGCAUUGUUUUGAUUAGAAAUAACAUGGAGUUGUCUGGUGGAGGAAAGUUACAUGUAUGAUAAGGAUGUUCUUUUGCUU